GCUGCGGUUACGUGGGUCCUCACUGGGACUAGAGCAAACAGGGAGAAUUAUCGGGGUUGGCGAAGAGGGAGAGGGCAGCAACGCCAGGCAAGGGAGAAACAGGGAGCCACAUUGCAUGGGAGGUAGUGGUAAACACGCGCUGAUACUGUAGCAAACUCACAGGCCUUUAUGACCACACCCAGGCAGUGCCUACUAAUUAGGGAAAUAAUUGAUUAGGUGGAACUAAAUGAAUACUGUAAUGAGAGAAACAGGAAUAGGCAAAUCCAACUCACUACAUAUGCAUUUAAAGACUUGUCUACACAUUCACAGAUUUAUGCAUGCAUUUAUAGAUUUGUCUACACCCUUACAAAUUUCAUUACACAUUUAGAUUUGUUUUCCAGGUUUACAAACCUGAUUGCGCACACACAGAUUCUGAAUAUACAUUUGCAGAUUCCUGUACACAUUUGCAUAUCUCAGUAUGCAUUUAGAGAUUCCUUUACAUAUUUACAAAUCUGAUUAUGCACACACGGAUUGACGGACAACUACACAACUCUCCACACACAUUAGCAAAUAAUUCUGCUUCAAUAAUACCCCCAUAAUGUGUGAUUUUGAUUUUGACUUAUACAUAGCCUACCCUUAAGCAUAUUACUAACAUAACGAAAGCUCACAUGUGACGCAAGAACGCCUUGCUUCGAUGUGGGAGGAUGCAAAGGAAAAAUUCUGUCAAACCACAGAGACAUGCAUUCGCGUCUGCAUGGUAACGAAUAGAGGACUUCGAUUUUCGCUCUAUAAAAAGAUGAGGUGUUUUACACAGUACCCAAAAUGUCAGUGUUACUAUGAAGCAUUUGGAAUAUGCUAAAUAUCUGUAGCACAAUUCGAAAUACAGCUGUUUCUGUUUUUAACGCCAGUGAAAUGCUCCAGUUCUGCCGCAGGAAUGGUCGGCCAUGAAACGGAUUUUGUGCUACACGUUGACGACGCGGAUAUGUAUUCGGUUCACCAUCCGUCAGGAUGUGAUUUAAUUCUUGUCUCCUUUACCUUCUGAUUUCAGAACUGAGGUUAAAGGAAAACAUCACAGCCCGGUACGUGCUUUCCCAGAUCUGGACCAUAUGUUUUUUUCUUGCAUGCAUGCUUUAAUUGCGAUUUAUCAAGCGGCAUACUACAUUGAUCUUGAAAGAACAUUGUUGCAAAAAUGCUGAGCAACGUUCUGCUGCUUAGCGUCUUAACCAUGACCAGUUUAUCAUCAUCAAAGACAGAAACCCGCAAAAUGACAAAAGAUAUCUGCAAGAAUCUCUGCGAUUGCGAGGAGAAGGAAAAUGCAUUGAAUAUCAACUGUGAAAACAAGGGAUUUAUCACGAUCAGUCAAAUGCAGCCUCCGCAGAACAAGAUAUCGCAGCUCUUUCUGAAUGGGAAUUUUUUAACACGAUUAAAUACAAAUGAAUUUUUCCACUACGGCAACGUUACAUCACUUCACCUAGGCAACAACGGAUUGCAGGAGAUCAAAACAGGAGCAUUUUCUGGUCUGAAAAAUCUUAAACGCAUUCAUCUCAACAACAACAAUCUGGAAAUGAUCAAGGAAGACACAUUUGCUGGAUUAGAGAAUCUGGAGUAUUUGCAAGCGGAUUACAAUUACAUUAGUAUCAUAGAAGCUGGAGCAUUCAAUAAACUGAACAAACUUAAAGUCUUAAUUCUCAACGAUAACCUAUUGCUUUCGCUCCCAAACAAUAUAUUUCGCUUCGUUAUGCUGACGCACUUGGAUUUACGGGGGAACCGGUUGAAAAUUCUUCCUUUUACUGGUGUUUUAGAACAUAUUGGUGGUAUUAUGGAGAUUCAGCUUGAAGAGAAUCCCUGGAAUUGCACUUGUGAUCUGAUUCCACUGAAAGCCUGGUUGGAUACCAUAUCGGUCUUUGUCGGGGAUAUUGUAUGCGAGACGCCCUUUCGCCUGCACGGAAAAGACGUCACUCAUUUAAUCAAGCAAGACCUUUGUCCCCGAAGGAAUGUAGGCGACCCAUCUCACCGUGGAAUGGAACCUUCCUCGGAUUCGCAGUACCACAUCCCAAUUCCUACAUUACGCGCACGCAUUACUCCAACAAGAGCACCUAAAGCAUCCCGACCUCCAAAAAUGAGACAUCGUCCCACACCGCGAGUGACGUCAGGUAAAGAUAAACAUGUGUUUGGGCCUAUUAUGGUUUAUCAGACGCGCGCCCCCGUGCCAAUGACUUGCCCGAACGUUUGCAUGUGCACAUCUCAGAAUUCCGACAGUGGACUGAAUAUUAACUGCCAGGAACGGAAGCUACUUAACAUAUCAGACUUACAACCCACGCCGUCCUAUCCAAAGAAACUGCAUUUAACUGGCAAUUACUUGCAGGUCAUAUAUCCAACGGAUUUGACGGAAUACAGCUCACUUGAACUCCUGCAUUUGGGAAAUAAUCGGCUUUCCGUUAUUAUGGAGGGGGCCUUUGAGAACCUCUCCAAUUUACGAAGGCUCUACUUAAAUGGCAAUUACAUCGAGAGUCUGUCCCAGUCACUUUUCGCCGGUCUCCAGAGCCUACAAUAUCUAUACCUGGAAUACAAUAUUAUCAAAGACAUCUUGCCACAAACAUUCAGUGCACUACACAAUCUGCAGUUAUUAUUCUUGAAUAACAAUUUGUUGAGAUCCCUUCCCGAUCAUGUUUUCGCAGGAACAAUGCUGACCAGGCUUAAUCUUAGAAACAACCAUUUUUCGCAUUUGCCGGUGCAGGGUGUACUGGACCAGCUCUCUCCUUUCAUUCAGAUUGACCUCCAGGAAAACCCCUGGGAUUGCACUUGUGAUAUCAUUGCCCUGAAAAACUGGAUGGAGUUAUCCAGUACGAGCGUGGUGGUAAAUGAGAUAACUUGCGACUCGCCUUCUAAACAUGCUGGCCGUUUACUCCGGUCACUGCGAAAUGAUGCAAUAUGCAGUGAAACCAACGAAAUCAUAGCUACCAAGGGACCCGGGGAUACUGUUUCGUCCAGCACUGAAGUUACCGCUCGCUUUAUUAUUAACGUUACCCCUACGGGCAGUCAUGUACCGGAAAUGCACGCCGAGGUGCCCUUGUCUGUAUUGAUAUUGGGGCUGCUGGUGGUUUUCAUUCUUUCCGUUUGCUUCGGAGCCGGCUUGUUCGUUUUUGCCCUUAAACGACGUAAAGGAAUUGAAAGCAUCCACACAAAUGUUAACCAUUUAGAUCUGAACUCUUAUCAGAUACAGUACAGCUCGUACAACAUAGAGACCCGUGGCGACAAGAUGGACAGUCAUGAUUACACCUACGUUCCUCCUGUGGGUGAGAUGUGUCAGAAUCCAAUUUACACACAGAAAGACAGCAAUCAUGUGACGUACAGGAAUUUGAAAGGCCUCUCCUUCAGUACCCUUGAGCCAAAAAAGGAAGAGCUAGCACAGAGUCCUUCUUUUAGUAUUAGUACAGUUGACUAUCAGUCAUGUAACAACAGAGACCCCGAACUCUAUCAGAACAUUGGGGAGAGACUUAAGGAGCUUCCGACCGCUGGACCCCUGAACUACAGCUUCAGCACGUUACCCAAAAGAUCCGUAGUGCAGUCAUACGACUCAGCCAGGCGGAACAAUCAGGACCGUUUUGACAAAACAGCACUUUAUGGAACAGCGAGGAAAUAUUUGGCUGCGCAGCCUAAAAGCGACCAAACAUGGCUACAAGGGAACUUUAAAACACAGCCGGACUACCUUGAGGUUCUUGAAAGACACACUGUUAUGAGUCAGUUGUAAGAUAACAAACUCAAUUUUUCCUCUAGAUGUAGGUGAUUCCCCGUAAAUAUCUAAAGAUUUUUUUGUUUUGUUUUGAGUGUAUUACAGUAUUAAAUAUUUCUACACUUAGAUGCUAUUUUUCUUCAAGAUUUAAAUUAUCAGUUUUAGAUGACUCCAUAUAGACUGGUGUCACAAAUUAAUGUCCAAUGCUGCUUACUGUUUUGUCUGAUUUAGGCCCAUGAACUAGGAGAGAAAUGGUGAUACUUUAACUGACACUUUAACUGGUAUUGUUAACAUUGACUAGGCUACUCCAGAGGUGCCCUAAGAAGUAUUUCAUAAUUGCAUUAUUAGAGAAAAAACCUUUUAUACAUGUUAUAUUUUAAACACUGUAUAUUAGAAUGAUUUGUUUAUGGCAUUAAACAAGUCAGCUAUGUCAAUCUAUGUAUGUAUGUUUUGGUAUCAUUAUGAAUGAAAAACCCUGAGUUUAAAACCUUACAGAUCUUUAGAAAUACAAGUUUGGGUGGGGAAAUGAGCUAGACUUGUGCAGGAAUACAUUUGAUGAGGGGGGCAACCACAGGGGUGUUUCCUGAAUUAACUACCAUCAACCACUGGGAAAAACUAUAUUUUUUUUACAUAUUUUAGAACUUUGUGUUCUGCAUUCACUGAAAGCAAGUAUUUGUUAAGUUUGUAAAUCUUAAAAGGAUGUGAAUAUUAAAAAGGAUUUGUAGAUGGGUUGAGGGGGCAGGAUGGGGUUCUUUACCACGUACCAACAGAUGAAGAAGAAUUACGGUCUUAUCUUUACCAUCAUUUAAGGAUUGUUGCAUGGUUUCAGGGAACAUUUAGAUGAAUAUACUUUUUUAAGCAUCACUUUGUAUUACUAAUAAUAUAAAAAAUAGAAAUAUAA